AUGCAGUCACAUUCUAUGUUUGGAAGUGAAAAUCAUGGAAAGCAUGACGAGCGUCAGACCAUCACAGACUGGCUCAGUCCUCUCGACUUCAGUCAGAAACAGCGAGAUGUCUAUGCCAACCACCAACCGGGCACCGGAGAAUGGUUCCUAGGCUCGGACAAGUUCAAGGGUUGGGAAGGAGGCGAUAACAAUGUCUUGUGGUGCCACGGAAUUCCUGGUUCUGGCAAAACCGUCAUGACGUCAAUCAUUGUUGAGCACCUUCGCAAAUCGCAAGUCGAUCGAACAGAUGUGGGAAUUGUUCCCAUCUACUGCGAGGACAAGCUACAGGAGCUACAAACGCCAGCAAAUCUUCUUGUUAGUGUUCUCAUUCUCACGCAUCACACAUACACAGGGCACAUAGACGUAUUCGUACCCCAGCGCCGAGAAAACUCCCAUGCCUAUGGCAUAGACCUGGAGGAAAUGAUAGCUAGCUAUGUACAGGUGUGGGUGGGUGGGACAAAAAAGUAUGCAAUGGCUCUGAAAGAGACGAAAUCGAAUGAAGAGCCAUUGACAGGUGCAAAACAGGUGGCUAUAUAG